AUGGACGGACAAGACACCAAACCAAACGUCCUCCUCGCCGGCCUCGACUGUCGCGGCAGCGUCCACCUCGUCGUCGGCACCAACCCGCUCGCCGCCUCCCGCUGCGCCGCCUCUCUCGCCGCCGGCGCCCAUCCCGUGCUCGUCGCCCCGGGAGCGGACGCCUCGACGGACUUGCAUUACGGGCUGCAGGCCAAAAUUGACGACGGGAGCGUAAAGUGGGAGCGGAAGCCGCUCGACGAUGAGGAUCUCUUUCGUCUGGGCAGGGCAGAAGUUGGCGGCGUGGUGGAUGCCGUGUUUGUGACGACGGGCACGCGAGAGACUAACACCCACAUUGCUACGCUGUGCCGGCGCAAUCGCAUCCCCGUCAACGUCGUUGACGCACCGGACCUCUGCACCUUCACAUUACUGUCCACGCACGUCGACGGCCCGCUGCAAAUCGGCGUCACCACCAACGGCCGCGGGUGCAAGCUCGCCUCGCGCAUCCGUCGCGAGAUUGCCGCCUCGCUGCCCGCCAGCCUCGGCGCCGCCACUGCGCGACUCGGCGAUGCUCGUCGGCGCAUCAUCCAGCAAGACUACUGUCGCGACACUGCUUCUCUUUCCUCCUCAUCUCCCCCCGACGAGGACGACUCGACCGGGCAAAGCGCCGCCUUUAACAAGCUCGUCCUCCAAGACGCCGAGGAAAUCAAGACGCGCCGCAUGCGCUGGCUCAGCCAGGUCUGCGAGUACUGGCCGCUGAGCCGCCUCGCGUCCAUCACCGACGACGACGUUGCCACCCUCCUCACCAGCUACCAAACCGACACGGCCUCCUCCUCCUCCUCCCUUCCUUCUCUCAACCCCAAUCCGAAUGCCAGCAAAACACCCAAACUCGGCCGCCUCCUCCUUGCCGGCAGCGGGCCCGGCCAUCCUGACCUCCUCACGCGCGCCACCCACCGCGCGCUCCUCUCCGCCGACAUCAUUCUCGCCGACAAGCUCGUCCCCGCUGGCGUGCUCGCGCUGAUCCCGCGCCGCACGCCCGUCUCCAUUGCCCGCAAGUUCCCCGGCAACGCCGACCGCGCGCAGGAAGAGCUUCUCGCCGCCGCGCAUGCCGGCGUUCUCGCCGGUCAGACCGUACUGCGCCUUAAGCAGGGCGAUCCGUUCCUGUACGGCCGCGGCGGCGAGGAAGUCGCCUGGUUCCGCGCAAAGGGGCUCGGCGACCGCGUCGCCGUGCUGCCGGGCAUGACGAGCGCGCUGUCGGCGCCGCUGUUUGCCGGCAUACCCGCCACCCAGCGCGACGUUGCCGACCAGGUGCUCAUCUGCACGGGGACGGGCAAAAAGGGUGCCGCCCCCGCGCCACCCGAGUUUGUCGCCUCGCGCACCGUCGUCUUCCUCAUGGCGCUGCACCGCAUCACGGGGCUUGUCCGGGAACUCACCACCGCCGUGGAGUUCGAAGACACGCCCGCUUCGUCCGAGAAGACGCCACAAAACACCACCACCACCACCACCUCCUCCUCCUCCUCCUCCGCGACGAGAAGACUUUGGCCGCUAACGACGCCCUGCGCCGUCGUCGAGCGCGCCAGCUGCCCCGACCAGCGCGUCAUUCGCACAACCCUCGCGCGAGUUGCCGAGGCUGUCGAGGAGGAGGGCAGCAGGCCGCCCGGGCUGCUGGUCGUCGGCGCGGCGUGCACGGCGCUCGAGGGGCACCUCGACAGGGGCAGGGCCUGGGUAGUUGAGGAGGGCUUCCGCGGCCUGGACGGUCUGGACGGGUUCGGCGGGCUGCAGGAGGCGAUGGCGGCGGCAACGGGCGAGGGGCCGGCUGCUGUUACCGCAUGA